AGUCAGUUCACGGCAAAAAGGUUCACGGUCUUCGGCUGAGCCAGUUCCAGUUCGCAGCGACAGCAGUUCAAGUUACGUAGGCGCGUAAGAUAUGUUCUUUUCCAAAAAAACCCAUCCGAUUUGGUCAACGCUCAUCAUUGGCGCCGGUACCAUUGCCGCCUCCGAGGUGCUCUGGUAUUUCUACAAUUAUGUACACGACCUGCUGAAAUGGCAGCAGGCUCAGGUCCACGAAGUGCACAUGUUCAACGAGCUGGGCUUUGAGUGUUUCCAGGAGCAUCGGGCGCACAGCCAAAGGGGUAAAUUUUUCACAUGUCCAAACACGCACUGCACCCAGCGCCAUAUCGAGCGAAUUAUCGAACUGCUGGCACGUGCCAAAUUCAGCAUUGACCUGGCCAUGUAUUCAUUGAACUCGCCGGAAAUUCUGCUUGCCCUGGGCAAGGCACUGCAGCGCAAUGUGGCGAUACGCCUCAUUGUUAGCCAACCCGUGGUGACACCGAUCAAUGGCAAUAUUUUCAAUUUGAUGCGCGCCGGCCUUAAGGUCCGCAGCCAGCCAUUUGUUGGUCUCAUGCAUCACAAAUUCUGUGUGAUCGAUGGACGCACUCGGGUCGAUCACAUUUGGAGCCUGAAGCGACGCUCGUAUGAUCCACCGGCCACGUACAGCGUGGUCAUCAAUGGCUCCGUCAACUGGACACAGGGCGGCUUUGGUGCCAAUUGGGAAAAUCUGGUCAUCACCUCCCAUCAUCGGAUCGCUAGCGAAUUUCAGGCUGAAUUCGAUCGCAUGUGGGAGACAUUUGUCGGCAGCGAUUAACCAAGCGAAUGUGCUCCAAACGUGCUCCCAAGCUAUUAUAUGAAGUAUCUGCCCUUUGAUGAGCUUUUGCUUGUGCUGGCCGAAAAUUCGAUGAAUUUGUUGUGUAUAUAUUAGUAAUAGUAUUAAGUGCUUAAUUAAUAGAAUUAUGUUCAAUUCUCAUGCCAAGAAUCGGCCGAACUAAAUAAAAUACAUUGUUAUCAUCUUUUGGGUUCAUCUUAA